GCACAACAUUGAUCUUGCACUCGCUCUUGUAUGGCUUUCGUAGGGAUACGACAGGCUCAUGUGUGUGAAGUCGGUCGCGCAGGUGCUUACGUAAAAGUGUGCGUAAAACGCGAAAUGGAACAUGCUCUUACGGACUUUGUGUCUGCGCUUGUGGCAGCGCGCACUUGUUACGCGCUAAUUUUUGACGUGACUGUAGCUAUUGGAAUGGCUUAGGCAAUGCAUGGAACAGCACCAUUAAGAGCAAUGCCAAUCGAAUGAAAAGUGGGAUGUCCAGUAUCUCUCGCGCGUCUUGUCAUUUCUGUAAUUUGGCCGUGCCGUUUCGAAGUUUAGUUCCACCGGCAUUGUAGACGUUUGGCAUAAAUGUGUGAUAUAGCUUAUUCUUCUGACCACUCUUUACCUGUGUUGCGUUAUGGUAAGGUAAUAUUCAAGCGAUUGGCCUACAAGCACUCAGAAUUGUUUACCUUGAACACAAUCACUGCAGUCGGCUUGUCGCGGUUCGGUUGAACCGUAAAAUGAUGUCCUGGACACAUUUUGGCGCCGCUCAGCAGGUAUACUGACCAGUAUAUUAUUAUGCAUCGACAAAAUGAUUUUUUACUUGCGUCCACACACGCUUAAAAACACUUUUGUCUGCCCGUAGCUUAGCAGAUCGGUCUUUAGUUCCUGAAGAGACAUCACCACCAUGGCCCAUACUGAGGUGUCGAGCUCCUGGCAGACCGAUGAAGACUCGGCUGCUCCCGCAAAGACGGAUACAUUGGUCCUUCUCUGGAUGAGCUCCGAAAACAGCGCAGUGCGGCGUCCCCCCCUAAAUAAUGAAGAGAUUGCCACCCUAUGUGUCGUUUGCACAUCAUGUGGAUCUCAGGUCAAUCAUCAUGACAAGAGCAAGGUCCGCUUUCACAGAGUUCUCGAUGUCCUUGUCUGCAGGCGGUGCUACAGCUACUAUGGUGACGGCCAAUUUAAGAAAGAUGACAGCGGCACUGACGAGUACUGCAGCUGGUGUGCAGAAGGUGGAAAACUGAUUGUGUGUGACUCGUGCACCCGUGCCUUUUGCAAGAAUUGCAUUCACCGCAACCUUUCUCGUCGAGAGGUGGCCCGGGUUGGUUCACUAAAAGAGUGGCACUGCUAUGUGUGUGAUCCAGCACCGCUUGUGCCGAUGGUCAACUAUGCCAAAAUGAUUGGUGACUAUAGUUGCCAACUGGCAAAGAGCACAUCAUCGGGCACUUCUGAUUCUAGUGGUGCAAUGAAGCUCAGUGAAGCGGAAGUACAGAAACUGGCCUUGCAGAAAACAGCCGAACUUCAGCGAACACUGUCUGAAUUGACAGCUGGCGGGCAAGAAGAACUCAUGGCAAACAUGAGCAAGUUGCUUCGGAACCACGCCCGCUGCUUGUCUCGCAUUGCCCAAAGUGCAGAAGAAUGUCAAAAGCGCAAAAUGAAGUCCCAGAAAAAGAAACCAGAGCAGAAGGCUGGUAAGGAGGAAUGUCGCGAGUCAUCUGCGUCGGUGGACUCCCAGCCCAGUGAUGCAAAGAAACUAGCCAAGAACAAAAGGCUGCUUGUGCUGGAUGAAGAAUGUGGUCAUUUUAGCAGUCCUGACAAUGAUUCGAAGACAAAGCGCAAGGAACAUAGCAAAGAAGGCAACAUAUUGGAUGCGAAGUCUGAUGCCCACAGUGCUGUAGCCAACAGCAUGGCAGAAAGGUUGAGUGCACCAGUGGCUGAAGCAGCAUCUGAUGCUCACAGUCCUAAAGCCAACAGUGCUACAGGAAAUUUAAGUACACUGCAGACUGAAGCAGCAGAGGAUAUUUCAGUUGAUAAGGCUAAGAAAGAUGCAGGGAAUGGUUGGCAUGGGUGCUCUGCUUCGGUGGAAUCUCAACCUGUUUAUGCCGAGAAGCAAUGUGAAGUUAAAGAACCCAUUGUACUGGAAGAAUGCAGCAGUCUUAGUGAUUCUUGUGAUGAUGGUGAAAUGCUGAAGAAGCGAGGCGGAAAGGCCAAAAAAAGCCAACACAAGCAGAAUGACAAAGGAAGUGAAUCAUAUUCAGUGUGUGGAACAAACUGUCCAAAAGUGAACAGGGCUACUGAAGAGUUGGGUGCACCACUGAAUAUAGUAGGGGGUGCUAUUUCUGUUGAUGAGGGUCUGGCACGAAUGCCAGAAAAUAAUAAGAAGGAAGAUGCAGCACCUGUUCCCAUUGACAUUCCACCCGUUCUAAGCCUGGGUGAUGAAUUCUCACCAGUGAUCUUAAAUGGCGAAAGUGAGAACGAGUCAGAAAGCCUUCUUGCUGACCUGUUCGGGAAGCAUAAGAAAGACAUGGAUAAAUCAGAAAUUAUACCUGAAACACCUCCCGAGAAUAAAGAGGAGGAGAAGGCUGUGGACAAACAAGCACAACAAGAGUCUCGAGACGCACAGACUCAUGCAAGACGUCGUGAGUCUGUGAGCACUGUUGACAUGAGUCCAAGCAGCGAUGAAUGUGUUGAGGCUAGCAUAGGCAAAGUAUCAAGAAAAGUGAAGAAAGCAGAGAAGGCAAACGGUAGUAGUGAUGAUUCUGUGGAUGAAGACAAUCGAAUGACUGAGAGCUUCCCAAGUUCCGAGGAGGGUAAACACCAAAAGCAUUCGACACCACAGAAAACUGUUCUUCAGCCGAAAAAGCGUACUCCACUGAGUAAAGAUAUGAAAGCACGUCGUGCCUUGAUACGAAGCUUGAACUACUCUAGUCAGUCAUCGAGUGAUGAUGAACUUAAUGAUCCUUCAACAAGCACACCUCGUGCUCUGAAGCAAAGGUCUCCGAAAAAGAGGAGGCGUGUCUCUAGUGGUUCAGUUGCACAGUUGAGUGAAUCAGCUGACAAGUGCCUCGAAAAAGCCCUUGAGGAUUAUGGUGAUCCAAAACUGGAGAUGACCCCGUCUGUGGAGAUACAGCGCCUGAACAUAGACCCCUCGAUAAUUGCCGCUGCAAAGAUGGAGAUUGACGGAAUCAUGGGUGAUGAUGAAAGUGAUAUCAUGGACGAUGAAGAGAAAGAGAUUGCUAAGCUUCUUGCUCCAAUAAGGAUGACCAAGAAGGCCCCAGCUAAUGAAGCAUCUGAACGUGAAGUGAAAGCACCUGAAGGGGAAGUUGAAACGAAAAGACAGAAGGGUCCUAAAAAACAAAAGAAAGCUGCGAGCAGCAAGAGAAUAGUGUCAGAUGACUCGAGUGACGACUCUGACGAUGAGGACGACGCGGAGGUGGCGAGUGGGAGCACCGAGGAAGUUCCUGGCGCAUCAUUCAUGAUGUCAGAGAAUACUGUGCAGAAAGACUCAUUGCCUGAGUCCUUGCAAGAGUCCUUGCUCCAGGACAUCCUGUACAGCAGCUCUGAAGAAUCCAUUGAAGACGAAACUGUGGAGCCAGGGAAACGUAAGAAGAAACCCAAUAAAGGGGAAGUAAAGAAAGCUGAACCAGAAAAGGUCAAGGCUGCCGAAGCACCAGCCGAGGAGACAACUGAGAAAGCGUGUGAGAAAGAGGAAGAGUGCAUUGCUGAUAGCACUUAUGAAGAAGUUGUCAAGAAGAAAGCUGGGAAGUACGACAAGCUUUUGCGAAAAAAUGUGUUCGCAGAUCUUGAUGACCCCACAUCAGGGGAGGAAGAGAGUAAGGAAUCGAACAAGGAAGAACCAGCUACAAAGCCACAGAAAGGGAAAGCAUCAAGGAAAAGGAAAGUUGUGUAUAGUGAUGAUGAAGAUGACUGUGCAAAUAAGCAGCCUUCGAGCAGCUCGCUGACCUCGAGUGAAGAAAGUUCAUCAGAUAGCAGCGAAGCACCUAGUCGCAAGAAAAAGGGCAAAAAGACCAAAAAGACCAAGGCUGGUUCAGACGACUCUGAUUUUGCCGAAAGUAAAUCUAAGAAGGGGGCCUCAUCAUCAUCAGAUGUGAACAAGCGCAAGAAAAAGCGAAAGCGCAUCAGGGUGGCUUGCUCUACAGCUGAUGAGAAUGACGACGACAGCUGUGUGGAGAUACAACCGGGUUCUAGCCAAGAUGCAGAUGGCAAGAGUCGCAAGAACAUUCGCAAGCUCAUCUCAGACAAGAAGCUUACGCAGGAGACUAAGGCUGCUGCAUUGGCCGAAGAGGACAGAAAGAAGCGCAUUGCAGAGAGGCAGAAGCUGUAUAACGAGACCUUCGGAACUGGACCCAGUGACGUCGAGACAAAAGUAAAACAGUUGGUGCUUGAAGUGGACCUGAAGACAAAGGAAAUACUUGUGGAAGUUGAUGAAAGCCUUGUCAAGUCCAUGAAGCCUCACCAAGUCAAAGGUGUCAAAUUUAUGUACGAUUGCGUGAUCGAGUCAUUGGAGAUGCUGAAGAAGGAUCCCGUGAAAGGAUCAGGCUGCAUCCUGGCCCAUUGCAUGGGUCUGGGAAAAACAUUUCAGGUGAUAUCUUUCCUGCACACGGUAAUGACUCACAAAGUAUCUGGGCCCUUGCUUCGCACGGCCCUAGUUGUGUGCCCCUACAACACCGUCCUGAACUGGGCCAAUGAAUUCGAGCAUUGGUUAGAUGAAAACAAUCUGGGCCUAAAGAUAUACGAGACAUCUGCCAUCAAAGCGAAUACUGUGAGGCUGGAGGUCCUCGAAAGAUGGCACAGGAAAGGUGGCGUGGCUAUCGUUGGUUACGACAUGUUUCGUCGGCUUGUAAAUGCUAAAGGAAAAGGCAAGAAACUUCAGGAGCGCUUGAGGAAAGUGCUGCUUGAUCCAGGACCAAGCUUGGUGGUUUGUGAUGAAGGACAUGUGUUGAAGAAUGAUGCCACCGGCUUGUCUAAGGCAAUGAAUGAAUUGAAAACUGGCCGGAGGAUUGUGCUGACUGGAACCCCCUUGCAGAACAACCUGCAAGAGUAUCACUGUAUGGUGAGCUUUGUUAAGCCAGGUCUCCUAGGAACCAAGAAUGAGUUCCGGAACAGAUUUGUGAACCCUAUUGCCAAUGGAGCGUGUGCAGACUCAACAGUUCAUGAUGUAAAGCUGAUGAAGAAAAGGGUCCACAUCCUUCAUCGCCUUCUAGACGGAUGUGUGCAGCGCUGUGAUUACAGUUCCCUGGCUCCAUUCCUGCCUCCCAAAUGUGAGUAUGUGAUAAGCGUGCGGCUGUCGGAGGUGCAGGUGUCACUGUACCGGCACUUCUUGGAGCACCUUGCUCGUGGCCGCCGCCAACAGGCCGGGGUGGGCACCUCGCUCUUCUGGGACUUCAACAUGCUCCGCAACAUCUGGACGCAUCCAAUGCUGCUUGAGUUGAGCGCCGAGAGGCUUGCUGCGAAGGAACUUCUCAAGGAAGAGAAUGACGACGAUGAGAGCGAUAUGGCCUCCUUCAUUGAUGAUGGGUCAUUGUCAGAAAAGAGCACUUCGGGUACAAAUGAUGAUGAUGCUGUCAUCUGCUUGGACGAUGAUGGACCCAAGACCAGGUCCCAGAGGAGGGGCACGAAGAAAAACAAAGACAAAGAAAAUGACGCAAGCAGUGGUGAUGAAGUUAUAUCAACAUGGCAGACAAGAAGCCGAGGUAACCCAGAUGAACGACCACCCACACCACCAAUACCAGAAAAGAAGCAAUGGUGGGACCAGUACAUUUCUGAAGAGGACAUGGAGAAACUGGAGAUCAGCGGGAAGAUGAGUCUGCUGUACAAUAUCCUCCAGGAAUGCGAUGCCAUUGGCGACAAAGUGUUACUGUUCAGCCAAAGCCUGCUGAUCCUCGAUAUGGUGGAAAGAUUGCUCGACCUCUGUGACGAACGAGCAGACGCCGUGGACCCCAAGACAGCCCUCGUGGACCCUGCAGACCCAAUGCGUGAUUGCCACAACACAUGGGUGCGGGGCAUUGACUACUUCCGCAUGGAUGGCUCAACAUCGGUAGACAUGCGUGCUCGCUGGAUUGAAAUGUUCAACGAUGAAAGCAACCCUCGUGGCCGUCUGUUCCUCAUCUCAACCAAGGCAGGCUCGCUCGGCACCAACCUCGUGGGCGCCAACCGUGUGGUGCUCAUGGAUGCCUCAUGGAACCCAACGCAUGACGUGCAGGCCAUCUUUCGCGUGUAUCGGUUUGGCCAAAAGAAACCAGUCUUCAUAUACCGCAUGCUGGCACAGGGAACCAUGGAGGAGAAGAUAUACGAUCGCCAGGUGAACAAACAGUCCCUGUCGUGCCGUGUGGUGGAUGAGCAGCAGAUAGAGCGCCACUUCAAUGCAGCUGACCUCCAGGAGCUGUACAGUUUCAGUCCCGACAGCAAGAGCAAUCGACCUACACCCAUGGUGCCUAAGGACCGGCUGCUAGCAGAACUAUUGAUUCGCAACAAGGAUUGGAUUGUGUCCUACCACGAGCAUGACUCCUUGCUCCAGAACAUUACUUCAGAGGAACUCACUGAGGAGGAGCGCAAGCUGGCAUGGGAAGAGUACAAGGACGAGCGUGAGGGACGCAUCAACAUCAGCCUUGAUGAAUUAUCAACGGCUAUUCCUUCAGAGGGCAGUGGGCAGAGCUUCAGGCUUACGCUAGACCUCCACAAGAUGGUGUCUGAAAUUAAAGUCAAGUAUCCACACUUGACACCUAAUCAGCUUGUUGACCAGCUAAGGAGAGUUCUGAUUGCCUACCAGCAAGAGUUCCGGAACCGACAAAUUAGUGCAUUUGAGAAGAGAACUACGUUCCUCAAAUUCAAGCAGCCGAUACCAAAUGAAAUUAUUAUGCAACUCACGGAAUCGGGCAUGGCUAUUCAACAGCUGAACCAAGUCCUUAGUAAACUGGAAGGACUUGGAGUGCAGCAGCAGCAGCAAACACAGCCACAGCAGCAACAGCAACAGUACUAUCAGCAGCAGGCCUACGUGAGGCAGCAGGCUUACCAGCAGACUUACCAGCAGGCUUACCGGCAGACUUACCAGCAGGCACAAGCACGUACUCAGUUUGCGCAGCAGCAGGCGCAGUACCAGUUCCAGCAGCCACAGGCAGCGCAGCAAGCGAAGCCAGGCGUAUCACAGGCACAACAGAUCUAUACCAAUGCUUACAAUUACUGCAUAAAAAGUGGAGCCACCCCUCAGGUGGCGAGAAACUACGCCUACAACCAGCAGAGGCUGGCUUUCCAGCAGCUGCUCAUGCAGCAGCAAAUGGGCAGCAACACCACAUCAGGAAGGGUGGUGGUCUCCGAAGUAGAGGAUGACUCGCACGCUGCAGGCUCGUCGUCUUCCAGCACACGACAGCCAUCAACGUCAUCGGUUGUGAUCACCGAGAUCAUUGAUUGAGACUGUGUACUGUGUCCUUGUCUUCGCCUAGACCACUCACUGAGCACGGGACCUGCCACCCGCAACGGCUAUAAAGAGAGCAGUGAGGUGCCACUGCUGUGCGGUGACACCAGUCCUGGUGACUUUCUGAAUAGCGUUUUUGCGUAUAUAUAUAUAUAUAUAUUUUUUUUUUCACCUUUUUUUAUUUUUCUGGUUGACAGUCAGUGUUACUGCACAUCUGAUGUCGUGGCUGGUGUAGCAGUCAGAGCCAAAUGCUAAAGUUGGUCUUGUUAGUGUGACGAACAAUGUGGACUACAAUUUGAUAAGGCACUCAACUUGUGGCCACCUUGAGCAAUUCUGUGUAAGGCACCUCAUCAAGUGUACUAUAUCUUAUGGUCUGGUUCAAACAGUAAAGACAGCAAAAAUCAGUGCCACUACUGUGACUUUCGAGACAUUAUUUUGUGCAUAUUCUUAACAAACUAUGUUGCAGUUUAGAAAUGUGUACUCCUUCGAGAGUAGAAAACAGUGCUGCAAAACAUGAGACAAAGAAAAGAAUAAACACACACUUUUUGUUUAUUAUAUUUAGAGUUUAUUUUCUACCACAUAAAGUCACCAACCCGUCAUGAUAUCUGUUCCUCGAAAUUGCAAGUUUACGUGUACCUGCUGUUCCAUAAUAAUGCCAGAGGCCACUCGUCUUUUGCUAUACACUCAAGAGCUCUUGCAGUGAUGUGUAUGUGCCGAGACAUCGAGUGCCAUUCUUUAAAAACUAUUGCUAUUGCAUUGCACUCAGUAGAAUUUUAAUACUUCGUUGGUGUUCUGUGUGCAGAUAUUGGCUCAUUGUACCAGUUGAACCAAUACCUGAUUUCCGUUCACUUGAGUUUCUUGUAUUAUAUGGACGUUUAUUAUUUGUCAUUGUAUUCCAAGUAUUCUUCUUUUCACGUUGCCAAAAGCUUAUGCAUAUUCUGCAUUUGUGUGCGGCAGGUUUGGAAAUAACUGGAACUGCUAUAUUUUCUUUUCAUGCAUUAUAAAUUCCAGCAUUUUUCUGCAAGUUUGUGUAUCGAAUCACCCAAAAAAGCACAAUAAUGUGCGCGCAACUUUCUCAUGCAUAUUUUGCCACAUUGUAUUUAUAAAGGAUAUCGAAUUAUCAUUGCUUUCACAAAGUGCGAUGUUUCUAUAAAGUCAUGGAGCCAUAUGUGGUCGUAAAGAUUUUGUGUACAGUGUUACUGUGCCCAGAAACACAUCAGAAGCUGUAGUGACUGUACAAAAAUAUUUUGCUGAGUUGAGCCUGCCAGCUUUGUCUCCAUUAGUUUGCUUUGGUGAUCUAAAUAUUUCUCAUUUUUUUGCUUAUAAACAUGGUUUGCAUAAGCUUAUGCAGUGUAUGUGCUAUUUAAUUUCAAACAAAAGAAUUGUUAUAUUGCUGUGCUAUUCAUGUAUUUCAGACGAACACAUUGCAACCACUAUUGACAUCCUAAAGUUGGUAAAGCUUCAUUAUUUGAGACUUUCUGGGUUUCCUGAUAGGAGAGGCAUGUUUUGUGGAGGCUGUUUUAAAUUCUUUUAGUCAUUUAUUGCUUUUAUUGCUUUUAUGCUCCUCCAGGCCAAUGACCACUCUUUCUUUGUACAGUUAGUUUGUGUUCAUAUGAAAGUAAAAAAAAAAAAUGUGAUGGUGACUGCCUCAAGGUUUUUCAACUGGUUGCAGUUUUCUUGCUCUUUUUCUCUCUCUCUAGUAGACCAUGGUGGUAUUUUUCUUCCAGUUAGGAUGCAUGUGUACCAUGUAGUAGUCAAUCCUCACUUGUGUAUGUUGACACAAUUCAGGGUGUCUGUGUUAAAAAGCUUUUGACUGUCAUAGAAAAAAAAAAACAUUCAUGAUUUUAUGCCAUGCCAA